UUCCUUCGAACCGCCACCUCCGGAAAGUAACGGCAGAGGAGAGGAGAAGCGAGCUGAGCGCUCUAGAGCCCGCCGUUCGCUUUCGGGGACUGUGACGGGGAUGCCGCGCGGUGACCCGACGGAGCCAUGGAUCUGGAUGAGGCUUUUGGGCUGGUGGGGGAGUUCGGCCCCCAGCAGAAGAAGCUCGCCGCGUUCCUGGUGCUGCUACAGGUGUUUGUUGCCUUCCAGUCUAUGCUUAUUGUUCUCGUGGGAGCUGUGCCGGAAUAUCAUCUUGACCAAGAAGGAAUUCUGACUAAUGCAGAAGCUCUUGCAAAACAUGUCAGGUUCACCAGUAAUUUCACUUCUAUAGCAACAGAGUGGUAUUUAAUCAAACACGAAGCAUACAAAGUGAACCUGGCCUCAUCCUUGUAUUUUGCCGGGUUACUCAUUGGAAAUAUACUGUUUGGCCCAUUGUCAGAUAAAUUGGGCAGAAAGCCUGUAUAUCUAGCAGGGCUUUUUUUGGAUGUCAUUUUUGGAUAUGUUUCAGCAUUUGCUCCAAAUUACGAAAUAUUUGCAGUAUCACGCCUUUUUGUUGGAAUUACAAAUGGUGGCAUGUCCUUAGUGUCUUUUGUUUUGACACAAGAAUAUGUAGGAAAAUCUUUCUGGGCAAUGACAGGCUCGUUGACAAAUUUGACAUUUGCAUUCGGCAUAGCUGUUUAUGCCUUACUGGGAUAUUACAUAAGAGACUGGCGCCUUCUUGCCUUUGUAUCAAAUUCUCCAGGACUUUUCUUUUUUCUUCUUUCUUUCAUGCUUCCUGAAUCACCAAGAUGGUUAUAUUCUCAAGGCAGAACAGCAGAAGCAGAGCAGGUACUGCAAUACAUGGCUCUUCGUAAUGGGAAAGACAGGCUGGUGGUAAAACUGAAGCCAUGCAAAGGAGCCAUCAAGAAGGACGAUUCUACCCCUGGGGUCCUCAACCUGGUUACGCAUCCUAUCCUUCGAUGGCGCACUGUCAUUUUGAUGUAUAUCUGGUACGUGUGCAGCUUUGUAUAUUACGGUUUAACACUGAACGCUGGUGAAUUAGGAGGAAAUCUCUAUUUAAACGUGGCUCUUUCUGGCCUUGUAGAAGUUCCAGCAUUUCCACUCUGCAUGUUUUUCAUUGAGAAAUCUUGGUCGGGAAGACGUAAAAGUACAGCUGCUUUUUUGAUAUUUGCAGGCCUUGCCUGUGUUUUUACCACGUGUUUACCAGAAAAUAACAGGAGAUUUUUCUUCAGUCCCAGAAUUUUGGCUUUGUAUGGGAAAUUGACCGUAAGUGCUGCCUUCAACAUUGUAUACAUCUAUACUUCAGAGCUGUAUCCCACAGUAGUCAGAAAUGCUGGAUUGGGUGUGUGCUCAAUGAUUUGUAGGUUUGGAGGAAUUUUGGCUCCAUUUGUUCCUUCCUUGAAAUCUCUUGGUCCAUCUGUACCAUUUGGAGUCUUUGGAAUCAGUGGAUUAUCAGCUGGUUUUUUGAUUCUUCUACUUCCAGAAACUCUGAACAAACCAAUUGCAGAAACUAUUGAAGAUUUGCAGAUGCCUGUCUAUCAAAUACUUAAAAACAAAAAGGUAAAUCAAUUAGAAGAAAAGUUUUAGUAUUGCAAAAAAAUAUCUUGGUUGAAAAUUUCAGUUGUUGAAGUAUGCUGCCAUCAAGAUUAUCACGUUGGGACAUUCAAACCUAGUGUCCUAUUUCCAGAAUGAUCAAUGUCUCAUGUAAACAUGACUUGUGAAGAUGUGGAGCGGGAGAGAUAAAAAAUUAAUAAGGAAAUUUAAGGGCCUAAACCGAUUUUUCAAAUGCUGUAUACUGAAUGUUUUAAAACA